AUGGACGCUAUUGCAGAUAGGGCAUUUGCAGAAUCGCAGACAAACCCGCAUAAAUUAGUGGACGAGACGCCGUCACUACUGGCGGUGGUGGUCGAUAUCAACCCGUUGGAAUGGCGCAAACUUGAAAAAGAUCGAUCAGUCUCGCUCAAGCAAGUGGUUUCCUCCAUAAUAGUUAUGCUCAAUUCGCAUCUUUCCCUCAACAGCUCAAACCACGUUGCACUGUAUCUUGCAAAUAGUUAUUCCCAUGGGGCUCAACUCAUAUACCCGCUUACAGAGUCUUCGACGUCUACCAGAUUUUUGCACACUCCUGGAAUGUACAGGCAGUUUCGAUUUAUAGACGGCUCAAUUGUGGACAAAAUUGAGCACUUGCUAAAUGAGCAGCCAGACACGCUUUCCCAGCUGAUUGGCAGGGAACAAGGAAAACAGCAUAUCAAAGGAACGCUCGCAGGAGCGAUGUCGAUGGCCCUCUGUCAUAUCAACAAAAUUCAGCAAUCUGACGAGCUGAACGCAUUGAAAUCACGGCUCUUAGUGGUGAGCAUCAGUGACGACAGCACACUGCCGUACGUUUCAGUAAUGAAUACCAUAUUUGCGUCCCAAAAAAUGAAGAUUUCGGUGGACGUUUGCAAACUAGGACCAAGCUCAACUUUCCUUCAACAAGCAGCAGAUGCCACCAACGGAGUCUACAUUUAUAUUACACAGCCGGAAGGCCUUAUACAAUAUCUCACAACAGCAUUGUUUAUUGAUCCAAUGUUACGACCGAUCAUUGUUCUCCCUACUGACGAGUCGAUAGAUUUCCGCGCUUCGUGUUUCAUAACCAACAAAGUUAUCGACGUGGGCUACGUUUGCUCCGUGUGUCUUUGUAUUUUAAGUGUCAUUCCGGAGGACGAGAAAUGCCCUACGUGUCAUUCCAAAUUCGACCACAACCUAAUUACCAAACUGAAGAGAAAGCCCAAAGUUUUGCCUCUCAAGAAAAAAGAUAGGGAGUUGGGAGAUAAGAACGGGACAGCAACACCAGAGUCUGCCUGA